AUGAUUAAUCUUGAAGACAAGCUUGAACAAGAGGUCACCACUGAAUUGCUCACAGGAAUGUUUUCUGAAGACAUGUUUGAUGUGAAUAUUAUUGAAUUAAAUCAACUAAUCGACAGCCUUGACCGAACCAAGAUUUAUGAACUUUGGCAUAUUUCUUCAAUUGAUCAAAAAAGCAUACAUUUUAUUGUACUUUAUGAAAAUAAUAUAUAUCUUUUCACGAAAUUUCAUAUUGGGCUUAUAUUACAAUAUUGGUAUUUAGAUACAUUAGUCAAGGAUGUUUCAGUAUUUUUUGAACCAGCAAUUGUAGCAGGGUUAAAUAGCCAAUUGGAUGCAUCAGAACAUAUUGCACAAGAAAAAGGAUUUGGCAUGAUGAAGAAGACACUUAACCUGGCAAUUAUGACAAAUAGAACUAAAGAGCUUUAUAAAAUUCAUGAAAAUUUCACAAAAGAAAUGAAGCUUGAACUUGUAAAAGAGAAUGAUUAUACUGAGCAUAAUAAUCUUAAGGAGUUUGCCUGUAUUAUAAGUAAUCUUGUAAGUGUUAAGACAAAAGGCAGAAAACCUAAAAGAAUUAAAGACUUCAAUGACAAUACAAAUAUGAAAGUUUAUUGUAAUCUAAUAAUUUUAUUUAAUAAUAUUGAAGAAGCUAGUGGCAGCAUGGAGAAAAGAAAAGGUGUAAAAAAAUGUAGCAUUUGCAAUUUGAAAGGUCAUAAUGCAUAUACUUGUUCAAAUUUAGUUGAAUCUAGCAAUUUAGAAGAUGAAGCUAGCAUUAAGUGA